GUGACCCCAAGCGUAUCCAGGGACUCAGGCCUCUGACCAAGGUGCUCCCGGAGGAACAGAGAAGUAGAGUGGGCUGAGGGGACCCAACCCCAGUAACGGGUCCUUUCGUUAAGGAGGGCACUGGGAAGGAGAGAGGACUCCUGAAGUCUUCAUCCUAGGCCCAGAUAGGGGAGGGUGGGGAGCACCAAGGCAGUGACAGAUAAAGGAGGCAGAAGAGGAAGGUCAGGGUCACCUUGACAGGUAGUGAGCUGUCUGUCAACGGAGGGAUUUAACUGUGCCAAAUCAACACUGAUGACUCAAGACCCCUUCUGGAGGAGGGGAAAUCAAUGCCAACUUCACAGAAGAGGAAACUGAGUCUAUCAUUUGCCAGGACAACAAAGGCAAGAGCUGAGAUCAGGCUGUGGUUUUAGAGGGGACAAAGGAGGGAUUCAGGGCACACUGAUUUCUGGACAGCAAUGAGUGGGCGGGCCACACGGCCUCGGAGCCGGCGAGGGAGGCACGCUUCGCCUGGCGAGCUGGACCCUGUGGCAGAGAGCUCAGAGGAGGCUGAGGCGGCCAGCGGAAGCUCUGAGCUGGGCCCUGUGCCAUCCCAGGAAAGCUGCAAGCCUGAGCUGCUGGGUCCUGAGGCAGAAGAGAGUGGGCACAACCUGGGUAGCAGAACUGACAAAGAGGCUGAUGAGGACUCUAGCAGGGGACCUGCCCCAGCCCUCGAGGGGCCCCAUGAACCUGCAGGAGAAGCCCACCAGGCUCCAGCAGCAGCCUCACGGGAACAGGAGACUGUCCCCUCUGGACCUGGGGCUCCUGAUGUGUUUCAGACUCUCCAGCACGUUCUGAGCUCACUGGAGGCUGCGGCUGCUGCCUGGCGCUGCCAGCCCCUGAGCAGCUGUCCAGGACCAAUGGAGGUGGAGGGCAGAAUCGAGGGGGAACCAAGGCUCUUCCUGGAGCAGAAGGGGGCAGGGGGCUUCCAGUGGGAGGCAGCCCACCUGGCAGAGAGGAACGCCUGGCUGCGUUUGGCCCUGGGCAGCCGUGAGAACGAGUUAACCCACUUGCAGGCCUCCCUCGAGGCCGUCCAGGCAGAGAAGGAGACACUGCAGAGAGAGGUCCAGGAGCUGCAGGAUUCCCUGCUGAGGCUGGAGUCCUUUCCACCUCCCUCUCACAUCCAAGUUGGUGGCCCGGGCAGUGCUUCAAGGCGCUCUGAAGCUGCUGGGGAGCCCUGGGCCACUCAGGAUCCCUUCUCCCUGGCUCACCCUCUGCUCCGGCGCCUCCAGAGUGAUUCCAGUGCCCAGAUCCUUGGGGCUCUCCCCAACCAGCCCCUUGCCCCUGAGAUGCACGUGGUGGAAGCUCAGAUGGAGCAGCUCCGGGGGAGCAUUGAGAAGCUCAAAUGCUUUAACCGUCUGCUGUCGGCUGUGCUACAGGGGUACAAGGGCCAGUGUGAGGGCCUCAGCAUGCAGCUGGACCGAUGGGAGGCCGAGGCCACAGCACUACGCCUGGCCUUGCAGUACAGUGAGCGCUGUGAGGAAGUGUUCGAGGUCCUGCUCGCUCUCCGGGAGGCAGACUCAGGAGCAGAAGUCCCCAAGAGUGACCUGGAGGAGGCUGAGAAGGAGGCUCAGAGGCUGCUAGCCCAAGAGGAGGCUGCCACAGAUGGAGGGACACAGUGGGACUCUCAGCCAAGCCCCAAGGGCAGCAGUGUGGACAAGCCCACACCACAGGAGGUGGCCACCCAGCUCCAAGGCUGUGUCCAGCGUCUCCAGGAGCGUCGUGCUCUGGUGAAGAUUCCCCCAAAGCCAAGCUCCACCUUGGCACCCAUGCCCACUGUACCCCAUGCAGAAGCCCUGGUGCAGGCCAUUGUGGGGACUCAACCCAGCCCAGCCCUGCCCCAGCUAGAGAAGAUGCAGAUCCAGCAGGACCUGGAGACCACGCGGGAGACACUGGAGGACCUGAUGCUGAGGCUACAGCUGGUGCGGCGGGAGAAGCGGGGUCUGGAGCUGCAGGAGGCUGCCCUCAGAGCCCAGGGCCCAGUCCACGUGCUCCUGCUAGAGCAGCUGCAGUGGGAGCGGGCACAGCUCCAGACUUGCGGGGCCAACAGCAGUGGUGGUGACAGUAGUGGCGGGAGCAGCGGAGAUGAGGAGGCGUGGUCCCAGGGCUCUGCUCUCCCUGGUGGCAGCAGGGGCACUGAUGGAGGCCAGGUGGGCAAAGUGCAGGAUCCGGAGGAGCUAGCUCAAGAGCUGUCGGCCUCACUCACCCGGGCCCUGGGCCUGUGGCAGCAGCUGCAGUUUCUGCGGGAGGAGCUGGAACAGGUGGCUCAGAAGGGGCGAGCCAGACGUGCUCAGAGUGCCAAGCUGAACAGUGACUUAUGUAAGGCUCACAGAGCCCUGGUCCUGGCCUUUAGAGGAGCCCAGCGGAAGCAGGAAGAGCAACGGCGGAAGCUGGAGCAGCAAGUGGCACUAAUGCAGGCCAGACAGACAGAAGAGCUGGCUGUGCUAGAAGCCACCAUAAGAGUUCUGGGGAGGCCCAGGCCACCCCGCCCACCCCCCCGGCCAGGGGAGACCUUUCUGUAGGCCCUGUGCCUGGCUGUGUCUAAAUGUACCAGUGGUGGUAGGCCAUGUCAUCAACUGUCCUGGAGCUAUGUCAUGUGGUGCUACUGUGCACGUUGAGGCAUGUUUGGAUUGGUGUGAUGGAACUAAUAUAUACCUUGGCGCCUGGGGCCUGAUGGAUUGUUGGUGCCAUUUGAGAAAGA